AAAACAUUGUGACGGGGGACUACAAGAAGGUUUGCGAAACAAUUUCGUGUAUUGCAGUCGAAGGGAGUUAUUAUUGGUUUAUAUCAGAUUAGUUCCCGAUUGUUAGACAUUCGACAGCAACAGUGACACACAUCAUUAAAAGUCCAUCAUUCCAUCAGUGACGAGAAGCGAUGACGCAGUAACAGUGUGUUUUUCCACCGGAAGGAAAUCUUAACCAGACACAAAGACACUCAUUUUCCAUCUGUUCUGAGCCAUAGCCUACUAGUUGGUUCGUGGCGAGACAAAGAGCGAAAAAAUAAGGACGAAACCUUCCACCACGUUCGUAGCUGCAUGGUAGAAGGAUUCGCUAGACAAACGGCUCACACACACAGACACGUCCGCACACACACACACACGUGCACUUUUUGCGUCGGUUGACUCACGCGAAAGGAAGCAGCAAAAGGGACAUCAUCCGUUUUCUUGGUGGGCCGGAGGAGUAAGCAAAAGGCGCAUCGUAAAAUGGCACUCGAUUUUGCGGCCACGUACAAGGUGCUGGUGUUGGGCGAUUCCAACGUUGGCAAGACGUGCAUCGUGCAUCGUUACUGUGACGAGCGGUACUACGAUACGUACAUUUCCACGAUCGGCAUCGAUUUCAAGCAGAAACUCAUCAACCUGGACGGUGUGCCGAUCAAGCUACAGAUCUGGGACACGGCCGGUCAGGAACGGUUCCGCACGCUGACGACUGCCUACUACCGUGGUGCAAUGGGGAUUCUGCUGAUGUACGACGUGACGAGCCUGGAAUCGUUCAACAACUUGUCCUACUGGUUACGGAACAUUCAGGAGAACGCGGCUCCUGAUGUGGUAAAAGUUCUGGCCGGCAAUAAGUGUGAAUGCAGCCCACCACAGCGAGCAGUCGACAAGGAACGAGGUGAAAAGAUUGCUGAAAACUUUGACAUGCCGUUCUUUGAAGUGUCGUGCAAACAGAACAUCAACAUCGAGGAAGCAUUCCUGACGCUGGCCCGGAAGAUACGCGAACAGAGAGAACAUCGGGGUGAAAACUUUGAUGAUGGCGAUCGUCAGAAAGGCCUGCAGGAUAUGAUCAAGAACGGACCCGGAUCUAACGGUCUCGGACCGUUUACGUUAGGUAGCGGUGGCGAAGGUGGACGCUGUUCGUGCUAAAUUGGUGCUUUUUGCGCAAAAGACAGUGGCAGCCUUUUAGACACGCAGAUACGCAUUACACAAAAGAUGAAGAUCGGCUUCAAUGUGUCGAAAGAGUUGCUUCGAACAUUUCAGGACAAGACUUGUAUGUAUCGGUUAGCGGCAGACGUGAGUAAAAUGCGUGUAAAGUGGAACAUAUUUGGCGAAAUCUUCACGCCGGACCAUCGCCACUCGUUCUACACGCUGAAGCAACCAGAAUUGUUGCUCAGUGGUUGCCAUAGAAACCCUGUGAUUGCAAAAAAAAAAUGAAAAUCUCCACAAUUGACGAUGCACAAAUAACGUUUCAAGAAAGGCGACACAGUUUCAAAGGAAUACAGGGGAAAACGGAUAGUAGGAGGGGUGGAGAGCUGUGUGAGGUAUUAUUUAAACUAUUAACUACAUAAAAUGCGAAACAUAAUUUAGUGCAUCAACGCUGCUUACCGGAACAAGACACACACGUUGCGGCGACGGACGAAUGCGUCACCAGAUUUGUGUGCUUCGCCAUCGGCUGAGAUCGGUCAAUCCUGUAUAACGUUAGAAGGGAUGCUACAAUAGUCAAGCACUGGGUGAGGACGUUUAAUCAAUUUAGGUAAUUUUUAACCAGUUGCCAUUACGUAACAAACAUCACGCAUAAGUAACAAAUGCUAACUGGUAGCGUGUGUGUGUUCAAUUCAAUUGCAUGAAACAUGACAGCAAAAGGAAGAUGAGCAACCGGAAGCCGGAAACACUUGUAAAAAAUCUAAACAGUCUUUCAGCGGGCGUUUUCAAGAAUGUUUUGCUUAAGAAAAACUUUAUUUUAAGUUUCGUUGAAUGCCUCAAACCCCUAAAUGAUUAAAUUUCCAAUCGCCAUCCGGCGGGACUCAUUUUAGGCCAUACGAAUU